AAAUGUGCAAUAGCAAGCAUGGCACGUUGAUCAAGAAAAUAACUGGAAAUUUUGAGUCAGACGAUGAUGGUGAUGAAUGCAAGUUUGAUAUAAUUGCUGAAGAGAAAACCAGUGAAGAAGUACUUGAAGAUAAAGUCAACUUUGAUGAUGAAAACCAAUUAGAUGUAAACAUAAAGAAAGAAACACAAGAUACAAACAAAAUAUUAUCAAAUGAGAAUGAUCCAGUACAAGAAAUUGUACUAAGAAAUGAAAAGAAAAUCACAGUUGCGAGAAAGAGAAAGAAAUCAGAGACCUUGAUAAAGAAAAUUGAACCUUCAUACAAGGUUACAGAGGAUUUGAAGUGCAGAGUUUGCUCGGAAGUGCUGCCGAAUGUCCGAGUCUUCCACACACACAUGAACAGACAUUUCCCCAAUCAUAUUUGUGAAACAUGCGGUAAAGGUUUCCUCACUGAAAAACGGCUCAAGCGUCACGCGCCGUCGCACGACAAGGGCCCCUUCGAGUGCGCCGACUGUGGCGCCAUCUUCACCAACUACAACACCUGCAACUCACACAGACAACGCAAGCACGCGUCCGUGGGCCUGUACAAGUGCCCGCGCUGCGGCGAGCGCUUCCGCACGUUCACGCGCCGCGCGCGCCACCUGGCGGCCGCGCACGGAACUAGCACCAAGUACCAGUGCCAGCUGUGUCCGCAGAGCUUCCUUGUUAGCGGCAACCUGAGCUCGCACGUGCGCAACACGCACCGCAAGGAGCGGCGGCACGCGUGCGCGCGCUGCCCCGCCGCCUUCUUCCACAAGCACGAGUUGAGGGCGCACGGGGCGUCCCACUCCGGGGAGUGUGAUUAUCACUGCGAUAUUUGCGGGAAGAGUUACCCGAGAAAAAACGCGUUAGAAGUGCACAAACGCACGCACACUGGCGACAAACCGUACGGCUGUGACGCCUGCGGCAGGCGGUUCACGCAAAAAUGCACUCUCACUAAACACAUCAAGACUCACAUUCGAGAGCCAGGGGCGCCGGAGAAAUCCUCGGAAGAAGAGAUGUUGCCAACGUUGGUUGUUGGCGCUGAUUCGUUGAGCUUUGUGCUUGCGUGACUGAAAUACAUUGUUGAAU